UUUGUUUAUUUAUUAGUAGUGUUAGUAUUGUUGUUGCUGUUGUUUUAAAUGUUCCAUUAUUUCUCUCUUUUUUAUACAAUUAUCCAUUGCUGAAAUGUUAUUCUCAUUAUUUCUUCUGUCAAAGCACACUUGGAGUCCCCAGCCUCUCUUUUCAUCUUCUACCUUAUACUAGCAGGUGUACUGACGUCACCUGCUUCCACUGCAGAACAUUUCUGUAGAAAGUGCUCAAGAAAAUAGCAGUGAAGGCUGGGGUAAGAGUGAAUACGCACAUUUUGGGUCAGGGUCCGGUGCAGAAAUCCGGUUUCGCUUCACUUGCUUUGAACACACCAAACUGCACAGGCAAGGCGCCAGGUGGACCCGCUUCAAACCGCGCCUCUCAAUUGGUUACAGCGGAAUUAUUUCGCGGGACAGUGAUUGUCUGCUUUGCAAUUUUAGGGAAAUAAUUGCCAAUGCUUGCCUCUGAUUUUGACGACGAAUUAAAACCUGCAAUUCAUUGACAUUUUUCAUCAAGAUGGGAUUGUGGAGCAGAAAACUGUAUCUUCAGCUUAUCCUAUGUCUGUAUCUACUGCAAGGCUGCUGGGGAGCACAUGGGAAAUUCGCCCAAAAGCUGCUGAGUGAUUUAUUCACCAACUACACAAGUGCAUUGAGGCCAGUGGAGGACACUGACAAAGUCAUGAACGUCACACUGCAGAUCACCCUGUCUCAGAUCAUCGACAUGGAUGAGCGGAAUCAGAUACUUACAGCCUACCUAUGGAUCCGACAGGUGUGGUUUGAUGCCUACCUGAGCUGGAAUAAGGAUGAUUAUGAUGGACUUGAUACCAUCCGCAUACCUAGUAGUUAUGUAUGGAGACCCGAUAUAGUCCUAUAUAACAAGUAGGUUGGACUGGUGUUAGGAUUCAUCAGUUCAAGACAAACAGUAAAGGCACAACAGGACACUCCUUGGCACUGUUAUUUUCAAGGGAGUGUG